UGCAAGGUAUGUGGGAAUCUUAGCUCCCAGACCAGGGAUCGAACCUGUAUCCCCUAUGUUGGAAGGCAAAGUCUUAACCACUGGGCCACCAAGGAAGUCCCCUUCCUAGCACUUUUUGAAGAAGUUUUGAAGAUUUUCAACAGCAAAGCAACCACAGAAGAAAUGAAAUAUAACACUACCAGAAUUUUAAUUCAGGUCCACUAGUCUACCACACACACACCCAACCAAUUUAGAAAGAACAAUGAUGUAUGGUUAUGCUAAAGAAUUUUAAGAUAGGAUCAGAGGGUAUUUGGAUAGAAAUGUUACAAAGACAUAGAUUUCAACAACAUUUGAAUUAUCUUUAUAAUUGGCUUGUAUAUUACAUGUUAAUAAUAUAUAAUUAUCACCUUUAAGGUGAGUGUUGCCAUGUUUGGUUUAGACCAGUCACUAUUCAACCCCUGAGGCUGGGCACAUUUGUUGUUUAAGCAAAAAUUGUUUCAUUAAAAGUGGAAAAUGGCUUUGUGGUGGACCAAAAGUGGUGUCUGCCAAACCCUGGCGAAUGGCCACAGGUUGCUUUGGGAAGGCUUGUGGGGAAAGUGCUGGCAUGAAGCUGGGCCGUUUUCACAGGGCCACCUUAACGGGCACCCACCCUGCUUCCUUCUAGGACCUCUGGGUUUGUGAACUGACCUGAUCUGGAAAAUUAGUGAGGGAAUCUUCUCCUCCGCAGUUAGGUCUCUGGUCGUCAGACCUCUGGUUCUCUUGUCAUACAUAUCCAGUAGGAUUCUACUGGCUUCCCAUCAGUUUUGGUCCUAGGGGUCUGUUGAUCCUGGCCAAAGGCAGGUGUCGUAAAUUAAGAUGAAGUCAUACCGGAGUCGGCUGUGACCCUAAACCAAAAUUCCCUAGCACCUUCAGAGACAGCAGGGUCUGACUGACAUCUUGGCUUCAAACGUCCAGCCUCCACAACUAUGAGACGGUAAGUUUCCGUGGUUGGAGCCACUCAGAGUCUAGUACUUUGUUAUAGCUGCCCUAGCGAAUGGAAACUUCUCAGCAAUGAACCUUCCAAAGCCUCGGUGAAGGGAGUAUCUCCUGGGUCCUCUCCAGGGACUCAGGGAAAAGGUGAGUUGUCCUGGAUCAAUUCCGUCCAACAUUUAUUUUGAAUGAAUGUGUGAAUCUUUCUGAAGCUUUGGAUUCUUUACAUUAUACCAGGAAGCAACUGUCAUCUCAACUGCAUUUAGUGGGACCCAGUUUUCAUUCAGUCAAGCAACCAGACUUGCAGAACAACCUCCAGUAGCUUAUGCUAGCACAUUGAAUCCCAAGUUCCGGGACCACCGAGGGUGCAGGAGGACAAGACAGAGAGGUCAUGCCCACAUCACAGUUCUUCUCUGGCAGACACUGUGGGCUGCUCCCCAGCUGCCAGGACCCCCACCACAGCAGAGGCUCUGCUGUCCUGCCGCUGGUCAUCAGCCCUCUGAGCAUGCCUCAUGGAAGGGACCUCUGACUCCAGGGAAGGGACAUCUGACCCCAGGAGGGCUGUGUGGACUGAAGAAAAAUGCGCAACCUGAAAGUUGUGAGUUAAAUUUUAUUUGGGGACCUUAAUGAAGACAAAAGCCCAGAAGACAGCAUCUCAGAAAGCGCUGAGGAGUUGCUCUGAAGAGCCCAGAGUGAGCUGUGUAUGAUUUCUCACGGGCGCAAGGUCGACCCUUGGGUCUGUCCUGAUUUCUGCUGCGGCAACUGUAACGACCAGUACUGUUGCUCGGAUGUGCUGAAGCAGGUUAUGUGGAUUGAGGAAGAUUGCCAUGCUCUGGAGGCCAGUAUCCUCACUGAGUUCGACUCCAGCUUCGACAGCGAGCCCGUGGCCAGGUUCGGCACAGUGAUCGCCAUCGGGGUGACCCUCUUUGUGAUCGCCGUGGUCACCGUCAUUGUCUGCUGCACCUGCUCCUGCUGCUGUUUGUACAAGAUGUGCCGGCGCCCGCAACCGGUUGUGACCACUACCGUGGCCACCACGGUGACCCACACCCCUUACUUGCAACCGCCCAGCUACCCUGGACCAACGUACCAGGGCUACCACUCCGUGGUCCCCCAGCCGGGGAUGCCAACAGCACCCUACCCGACCCAGCCCAUGGGCCCCCCUGCCUACCACGAGACGAUGGCUGGAGGUGCAGCCCUGCCCUACCCUGCCAGCCAGCCUCCUUAUAAUCCGGCCUACAUGGAGCCCCCGAAGGCAGUCCCCUGAGCACGCCCUGGCAUCUCUGGCUACCAGCUGAUCUGUCCUGCGUGUGUGAAUGGGUGUGCGGGUGUGGGCCUCUCUCCCCGGGUGUGGUGUGUGUGUGUCCCGUUUGUACAUGAGGCUUCUGGUGAUGGCGACAAGGGGUGCGGGAAGCAGUCCAUGUCAGAGUUGCCGGGACCAUGUUGUGCUCCCCUCCUCACUUGAGAUUAUGCUUCCUGGAACCCCAAAGAACGGUUUUUUUCCAGCCACCCCAGCGAGACCUGGGGCUGGAGCAGGGAUGCUUGUCGUACUAGGACAGCACAGCUUUUGUGUGGGCAGGAUGCACUGUCUUCCGGUUUCUGUGGCAUGCCUAGCCGUGGCAUGAGGCCAGGGCUUGUCCCUAGGUUUGUCUCUGAAGCACCAGACCCACGGUGCGGGCGAGUGGGUGGCCUCCUGAUUAUCUGAACGCCUCAGGCGGAGCCCCACCCUCCCUGGACCCUUCUUGCACCCUUCCUGGGACCACCUGGAGGCCCACACUUACCCACGGUUCUGGUUGCCCCGGUUGGCCCUGGACCCUUUCACAGGUGGACAGGGCAGCCUCUGACCACUUGUCCACUCAGGUGUCCUCCCUGCAGCGUUUUAAUUUUACUGUUAGCUUAAUAUUUUACCUGUUUUGUGUUCCAAAAUGUGUGUAAUGGUCGCUGUGAGGCUGAAACCGUUGGGUCCUAGAGGGAGACUUCCCCAGAGAGGAGAGGGACUCUGAGUCCCUGCUUCCCCAUCACCAGCCUCACAGGCUACCCGGCUGCUGGACCCCAGGCCUAGGUGUGUCCUGGCAGCGGGCACACCUGGGCCAAGGUGUCGUCUGGACCAAAGGUGGAGGGGACCCCGAGGGGGCUCCUGUGACCUAGACACAUACCUCGGUGUUGCCCACCCCUCUGUCCAUGUCUUACCAUGUCGUAGGUCAGGACUGCGUAAUGUGUUUGGAGUCUCGGGUCGGCACCCUCGUUUGUAAUAAAUGCAGAUGUUUCGA